UGCCUCGUUUCCAGGGAUUUUUCUCCGGUUGUAAGAACCCGCCUCGGUAAUUGGAACGUGUGAAGUUAGGCAGUCUAGGGGUCUUGGCAUCGGGAGCUUGGUGACUGUGAUGUUGCCAGGGUGGAGCAGAUGUGCCAGGAGAGAGAGGCCUGUGAAGCGGCUGCUGCUGUGAGGGUUCUGGGACUUGCCUCUGGUAACAACUACAUUCUGCUAACGCUUGAUCAGCAUGAAUUUCAACAGAUGUCUCUAUAAUAUUGGGGAACAGCUGGGCAGUGAAGACCUGGCUGCCCUCAAGUUCCUGAGCCUGGACUACAUUCCACAUAGGAAGCAGGAACCCAUCAAGGAUGCCUUGGUGCUAUUCCAGAGGCUCCAAGAAAAGAGAAUGUUGGAGGAAAGCAACCUGUCCUUCUUGAAGGAGCUGCUUUUCCGAAUGAAUAGACUGGAUCUGCUGCUCACCUACCUGGACACCAGUGAGGAGGAGAUGGAGAGGGAGCUUCAGAUGCCGGGCAGGGCCCAGAUCUCUGCCUAUAGGGUCAUGCUUUUUCAGAUUUCAGAAGAUGUGAACAAACUGGAAUUGAAGGACUUCAAGUUUUUUUUGAGCCAGGAGAUCGCCAAAUGUAAGCUGGAUGAUGACAUGACCUUGCUUGAUAUUUUCAUAGAGAUGGAGAAGAGGGUCAUCCUAGGGGAAAGAAACUUGGACACCCUGAAAAGAAUCUGUGAGCAAAUUAACAGAAGCCUGCUGAAGAAAAUCAACGAUUAUGAAGAACUAAGCAGAGAGCAAAGAAUGAGCCUUGAAAGAGGUCCAGAUGAAUUUUCAAACGAUGUGUCACAAUUGCUUAUAAGGGAGGGCUCCCUUGAAAUGCUGGCCAUGUCGGACUCUCCAGGAGAAAAAGACAGUGAGUCACAGACAUCGAACACAGUUUACCGAAUGAAAAGCAAACCUCGGGGAUACUGUUUGAUCUUUAACAAUUAUGAUUUUAGCAUAGCAAGGAAGGAUGUGCCCAAACUUCACAGCAUUAAGGAUAGGAAUGGAACAGACUUGGAUGCAGAGGCUUUGAGAAAGACCUUUAGUGAGCUUCAUUUUGAGAUAGUGCAUUACAAAGACUACACUGCAAAGAAAAUCUGUGAGGUUCUGAAAUCCUACCAAAGCAUGGACCACAAUAACAAGGACUGCUUCAUCUGCUGCAUCCUCUCCCAUGGAGACAAGGGCAUCAUCUAUGGCUCCGAUGGGCAGGAAGCCCCCAUCUAUGAGCUGACCUCUUACUUCACUGGUUCAAAGUGCCCUUCCCUUCUUGGCAAACCCAAAAUCUUUUUUAUUCAGGCUUGUCAAGGGGAUAACUACCAGAGAGGUAUAGCAGUUGAGACUGAUUCAGAACAGCAGGAAGCCUAUUUAGAAAUGGAUUCAUCACUUCAGAAGAGAUAUAUCCCAGAUGAGGCUGACUUUCUGCUGGGUAUGGCCACCGUGAACAACUGUGUUUCCUACCGAAGCACCAUGGAGGGGACCUGGUAUAUCCAGUCACUUUGCCAGAGCCUGAGAGAAAGAUGUCCUAGGGGUGAAGAUAUUCUCACCAUCCUCACCAAGGUGAACUUUGAAGUAAGCAAUAAGGAUGACAAGAAAAAUAUGGGCAAACAGAUGCCACAACCUACUUUCACACUGAGAAAAAAACUCUUCUUUCCCCUUAAUUGAUGCUAUUGUUUAGUUGCAUAACUAAACAAUAGUUAAAAUGCUGCUAUUUUAUUCUCUUUCUUUUUUUUUUUUUUUUUCUUGAUAGCUGGAAGGGGAGAGAAUGGGAGUCAGGACAAUCUAAUUUGCAUGCAAAUUCAAGCUAAAUCUCUGGCUUUGCAAUAGCUAGACAGUCAUAGCUGUAGGCAUGAUUUUAAUUGUGUUUUUAAUUUGAUGAAAAAGUUUAAAAAUGAACUUAUAGUAGAUACAAAAAGUAUAGUAAGUUUAAAAGAAAUGUCAAAGAUCACUGAGGGAAAUAUCUGUGAUCUGACCUGGCUAAGAAAAUCCCUCGUGUGUUGAGGUUGAGGGUAUAAUGCUCCCACAUCCAGCCUGAUUGCUGCUGGUGAGUGUGACAAGCUAUCCCAGGAACAUGUGAGCUUCCUCUCCUGUGCCAUGAGCAGACUUUGCUUUUCAGUGGUGAAAGACACCACUGUUUGUUUAGACUUAGAUUUCAAAAACCUAAGCAUGAUUUUCCUUGUUUUUAUUACUCAUAAGUACAGUAUUCAGCUCACUUUUAAGAGGAAUAAUGUCAAUUGGAUAUUAACUUGACUGUUUUGUACUUCCAGUCCCUCCUUUCCCAAGCCAUCUUGUACACUA